AUGCCUCCAGAGAAGAUUAAGAUCCAGGCAAAAAACAUUGAUGCCGCAGCAGGAGAGAUAGUUGAUGUUUUGGAGGAUGCACGCAAAGGAAACGUUAUCUACUUCAAGGGCUGGAGAGGAUUGGGAGCAUCCACAGUUCUCAAUCUGGUAGCCCAACGCCUGAAAUCAUCAACAAGAUCGAGCAAGUUUGAUAAGGUUAUCCAUGUGGACUGCUCCGCGUGGAAAAGCAUGAGGUCUCUGCAAAAGGCAGUAGCGGAGGAGCUGGAGCUUCCGCAGUCCGUGAUGGCCAUCUUCGAUCAGUAUGACAAGGACGACGACUUCAAUGGGAAAGAUGAAGGCUCCAGAGAGGUGAUAGCAGAUAUCAGGAUUGAAAUAUUCAGAAAACUCUAUAACAGUAGAUUUCUGGUGGUUUUCCACAACGGAAGCAACAGAUACAUUGAUUUGUAUGAGUGUGGUGUCCCAGUAAUAUCACUUUUGGGUAACAAGGUCUUGUGGACCUGGCACGGGAGGUUUCGGAUGAUUCUCAGAUUAGAAGAUGGGGAAAAGGUAAAGAUGAAGAGUCAGACAGAUGUUCGCUUAUCUGCUUCUCCUGAAUCUGAAGUUGAAGUGCUAGAUAUACUGCAUGAAGAGGCUUUGGAUGUUGCCAAGUGCACUGGGAUUGUUCAGCCCGACGAUAUGAGCCACAAGAUAGUCAUGGAGUGCCUCAUAUACAGGGCACUGAUUGCUACAGAUUUGAAGGCCCAUGCACCAAACUAUUGGAUCUGUGAUGGUAUUAUACAGGGCCAAGACAAUGCAUCAGCAUGGGAUAUUGGCAAUUCUCUGCACAGAAACAUGUGCUUGGAUUCACCUGUUAUAGGAUCUGAUGAGGCUGCAGCUUUUUUGCUACAUGUAUUGAAUGAUUCACAUGUUAACCGCUGGAAUUUCACCACUCACAAAGAACUGCGAAAUGAUAAAACUCAUGUGCUGCCUCCACAGGUCACAUCGUUCUUCCUUUCUGCAGAUGAACCACCAACAAAUACAACAUCAAUAUUGCCAGUUGGCAUGUUCCAACAUUCACAAAGUAGCAAGCUGCGUGUGUUACAUCUGUCUCAUUGCACCUUCAGUUUUGCAUCUCCUCCAUUCGUCCAUUGUGCCCAACUAAGAUUGCUCCAUCUGGACCAUUGCACAAAUAUCACAGAUGAUGACGAGCAUCCAAGCCACAAUGAAGACAUGUCAUGUUUCCAGAAGCUAUGGGUGAUGGAUCUGAGGUAUACAGAAUGGUACUGGCUACUGUCGGAAAUGAUGAAGAGGUUGAUGGUCGACCUCAGGGAGCUGAAUGUGGAAGGAGUCAAGCAUGGGAGCAUAAGUGAUUUGUGUGGCGGUAGACCAAGCCUUGUAGUACUUCGAGUAACAGUAGCUGAUCCGGUCCCUAUGGAGAACGAAGACACAACUAAUCAAGCACAUUUCCCCAAUAUGUCUAGUACAAACAGCCUUACGACAUCUAGCUUCAUCAACGACGUCCUGCCUCCGUGGCUCGAGUCAUUUAGCUUCAUCAACAUAGCUGCAACUGCUGCCAACAUAUCUAGCAUCUCCUUCCGGGGUUGUUCUCGGUUGAAGAGUAUACUUCUCAAAGGAAAUUUGGGGAGCCUGCAGGAGCUGGACCUCUCGGGCACGGCAGUGAAAACCCUUGACCUCAGAGAAGUGGAAGCUCCAAACUUCAAGCGUGUCAUGCUGCUGGGCUGCGAGAAGCUCCAUGCAAUAUUAUGGCCAGCGUACGAUGAAAUGGUUUGGGAUUUGGAGAAGUUGCACAUCAGCACUGUCCAAUCUGCAUCACCUAACCAGAACAAUUGGGAAGAGAAGACCAAGGAGGCUAGUGUUGCCGGAGGAUCAUCAUCCAUCCUUGGUUUUGGGGAAUCGCAACUAGGCACCGGGCGUAUUGCAUCUUUUGACUUUAAUUGGUACAUAUCUGUUGUGGAUCCAAGGCUCAUGUGGUCGCUUCUGCCCUUUCAGCAAGAAAUUAAGAGAAACUUUGUAUACAUGGAGAUUGAUUCAUCUCCUGCCAGUGGAGCUGCUGUUGGUGGCGGUGAAGUUACUCAAGGCAUCGGGAGCCAGCAACAGUUUGCUCAAUACUUAUAUGCAAGUGAUGUCUUUCAAGAAGAACCGCAAGCUAUCAGUACUAUCGAAGGUGUGAUCAGCUGGAUGUGGGCUUGUCCACCUACUGCUACUCCACUUCCUCAAGACUGGUACUUCCACAUGCAAGACGAAGAGAAGAUGGAAAGAGGAUCUUUACAGCAACAAUACAACGCCCGAAGGAUUGAUACUGGUGUUGCUUUAGCCCCUGUUUUCAUGUGUGAUAAUGCACGGAUGCUGUAUGUGCAUGAUAGCUAUUCCACUACUUGCAUUCCAUGCCCACAAGGUGCAACGUGGAGGAAUCUUAUAUGGUGCCGAGUUGAGAGGUGCCCCAAGCUUUGCUCUGUCUUUGCUACUCCCCAACUAAGAAGUGGGGAGCACACCUUUUUCUGGCUGUCUACACUCUGGGCAUCCCAGCUCCCUAUGGCGUGCUACAUCUGGAACUGGAGUACAACAUACCAACCAAGUGGAAGAUCCUUCGAAGACCUAGUAUUAUUGCACCUGGACUAUUGCCCCAGGCUCAUACAUGUGCUUCCCUUGUCUGAGCAUAUGGACAUCCUGCCUAGCCUGGAGACGCUCGAGAUCGUGUGUUGCGGUGAUCUGAAGGAAGUCUUCCCUUUGGACCCUAAGCGCCAACAGAAGCGGGAAAUUAUAAGAUUUCCCACGCUAAGGCACAUCCACCUGUACCAGCUCUCCACUCUACAGGGCAUCUGUGGGAGCAGGAUGUCUGCGCCCAAUCUUGAGACCAUCAAGAUUAGGGGCUGCUGGGGCCUUAGCCGCCUGCCGGCCGUCAGCGGCAGCGCCAGGAAGCGGCCUAAGGUGGACUGUGAGAAGGACUUGUGGGACAACCUGAAGUGGGACGGUUUGGAGGCGAAACACGACCCUUCGCUCUAUGAAACACGCCACUCGCGAUACUACAAGAAAGCCCACCUGCCAAGAGGCACCGUGCUCAGGUAA